GUGAUUGGUUGGAGAGUUUGCUGAGUACUUGGGUCAUGGCUUUAUAAGAACCGAUUCGUGUAUAAGCUGUGUCACACCCGUCUAACCGAACCAUAUCAAGAUGAGCUCGAUAUUUGCUGAGACUACCGAGGUAGAAGGUGUUUAUGUUGGUAUAAACGACAACGUUGCUGUCGUCUUUAUCACCGGUACUGCAACUGUGGAUGAUGGGAAAAUACGGGAUAUUUUUGAGAAGGGGGUUACCGAAUGCCGUAUAUAUAAAUGUGUGAGCGAGCCGCAAAAAUUGACGCUGUCGACAGCGAAGAGAAGGAUGGAAGAACCUGCCUCCUCUGCGGAAAAAAGAAGACGGGUGUCAGAACCCGUUUGCGUUGUCUCAGAUUCGGCGUGGGGGGAAGAACCGGCAUCGUUGCAACCACAGGCUUUCCAGCCUGAUUUAAGUCCCACAUCUCCUGUGUACUACCCUGGAGGGAUGCAGAGGUCGCUGAUUCCAGCGUUGUAUGGCAAUAUAUAUACACAACCGUCGCACUUGCACGGUUUCGAUCUUGGCAGUGGGCCAUCCCACGGUGAGAGGAGUUUGUUGGCAUGCGGUAGUAAUCAGACAAUAGAGAGUUUUCCCUCGCAUGAAUCGCCUCCGUUAUAUGAUGGCUUGAUUCCUCUCAUUGACUUAACAGAAGACGAUGAGGAUUCGACAGCAUGCAGUGAUAGUAAUGCAGGAACGGUUAGAAUUUGUUCCUUGUCAUCUGCAUCAUAUGUUGAUCGUCAAGGUCACUGUACUUUACAUUCAUGUACGUACAUGAUGUACGUUCUUCAUGUACGUAUAUGA